AUGGAGGAGCAGGAGCAUCAGCGCAAAUCAACCCAGAGAAACCGAAGCACGGCCAGCAGACUACCUCAAGAACCCGCCCCAGACCCCUCCAAGGAGCUCAAACAGGCCAUUUGCAAGGGUCAAUCAGUUCCCCGGAGACAAUCCAACUACACAGCAGAGACGCCGCUACAUGUUCCUGCUCUUCGAGCGAUGGCUCUGAUAGAAGAACUUCGCCGUCAAUUAGUGGGAGAUGCGCCAGAGAACACAAGCUAUCUUGGAGUCUUCUACGAGAAGACCACUUUCCACGAUCGGAUCAUACUGAGAGAAGCGAGAGUUAGACCUUGCGGUCGACUUCUUCAUGUGGCGUUACAACGGUUGACCCUCACCCUACCCUCUGAUCUCGGAAUACGAUACUCACUGUCUUUUAUUAGCUCCAAAAGCACCGAGUGA